AUGGCAGCGGAAUAUAAACAAGUAUUAUAUGAAAUACAAAGAAAAAAUGGGAAUAAAAAUUGUGUUGAUUGUGGAGCACCUAAUCCACAAUGGGCCUCGGUCUCUUUUGGAAUAUUUAUUUGUUUAGAGUGUUCCGGAGUUCAUAGGUCUUUUGGUGUUCACGUUAGUUUUGUUCGUUCAAUAACCAUGGAUAAAUGGUAUGACGACCAAAUUAAAAAGAUGAAGCUCGGAGGAAAUACUGAAUGGAGAGAAUUUUAUGAGUCGUCAUCUGAAUAUUAUCCCGAAAUGUCAUUAAAGGAUAAGUAUCAUAGUAGAUUUGCAACUGAUUAUCGUGAAAAGUUGACAGCAAAAUGUGAAGGAAGGAAAUGGACACCGUCUGCACAAACGUCUUCGUAUCAAUCAUAUCAAUCAAAUGGAGAUCUAAGUAGCUUAAGUAGCGAUAAUAGUCUCUCAUCUGAUAAAAAGGAAAGAAAUGAAAAAUAUUUUGCGACUUUAGGAAAAGCAAAUGAAUCGCGACCAAAUCAUUUACCACCAAAUCAAGGAGGAAAAUAUACGGGAUUUGGUAAUCCAGCAUUUGCAAAUGAAAGUUCAUCAUCAACUUCGAAUACUUCAGCACCAGAUUUAGAUGAAUUAAUGAACGAUCCUGUUAAAGCCUUCACGAAAGGAUUAAAUUUUCUUGGAUAUCAUGUUGUAGAAGGUGCAAAGUUAGCAGCUCAAGGAGCUGAAACUUUAGGACAAACUGUUAAUGAACAUGUAAUUAAACCUACAACCGAAAAAGUGAGAGAUCCUGAAUUUACUUCACAAGUUGCAGGUUACGGAGCUUGGAUCGGCAAAACUGUUAGCGAAACUGCAUCGAGAGGUAUAUCUACUAUAUCAAGCAUUUCUUCAAAUCAACCUUCUUUUUUAAGUAGACAACAUUACUCAUCUAUAUCAGACGAUUCUUAUAAUAAUAAUGGUAAUUAUGAUGUGGACAAUGACUUUUUUGCUGAUACCAUCAAUCAAUAUCAACAAAGAAAUUCUCCUUCUGAUAAUCUUCUUCACCUAAAAUUUCUUCGCCUGGUUCUACAACGACUAGAAGAAGAAAUGAAGGAAAUAAGAAAGAUGAUGGUUGGGAUGACGAAUGGAACAGUUGGUAACUGA